GUACAUUGCUGGCACCUACAAGCUCCAGCAGCCAUUCCAUGGCACUAACAAGUUUUGUAUAAUGCUCUGAAUAGCUGCUUAUUUACAGUAUAACAUGACAUUUUUAAAUCACUAAACACUUACAUGGGAUGAGUUCUAGAGCAUCAGUUGGACAAAAAUCAUCCCAAGUAAUAUGUGAGGAGAUCUUUGAUGAAGACUCCAUUGCCACCCACGAUGAGGUGCUGGAGUACGCCCGCCGAAUCGGCAUCGAUCCGGAGCGGGAGCCGCAUCUGCUGCAUAUCGCUGACGAGGGGGUCAACCAGUCCCUGCCUCCCGGCUGGAAACCAUGUUUCGAGGAGGAGAAGGGUCUGCUGUACUACUUCAACUUCCGCUCGGGCGAGACGCGCUGGGAACACCCUCUGGACGCCGUCUACCGCCAGAAAGUGAUUGUGGCGCGGAAACAGGCGGCCUCGGCUGAAGGUGGCGUCCCUACCGGAGCCGGCGCAGAGUUCGGGCGCUCCCGACGGCUCUGCGCAGAGGAGGAGCGUGAAAAGAAGAACGUCUCGUUCGCGCCCAGCGUUCACCAGAUCGAGUUUGACCUGGACGAAGAGGAAGAGGACGAGGACUGUGAGGAUGUCCAUGACGAUCGCCUUCGACAGCUGCAGACUCCGCAGCCGCCGCCACUGCACGGCGCCUCCUGGCUUCGGGAAAAGUUGGAGGACAGUGGCCGGCCGGGCGGUGACCGUCUGAGCCUUCUGCGGGCCCCGCCGGAUCGAGACGACUCACUGGAGAUGGCGCAGGAUAUCACCGAGGACUCGCAGCUGUCCCUGCACGCCAGCGAGGGCUCCGACUCGCCGCGCCGUCAGCUCGAGCGGCGCAAAGAGGAGGAGGUGCGCGCCGCACUGCGCGAGCGGCGUCUGGCGGAGCAGCGCCGGCGCGAGCCGAGCCCGCCUCCGGCCCCGGCCCCGCAGCCGGCGGCGGUCGGCCCGGCGCCGCUGACACCCGCCCGGCUGCGGCCGCUGGCCCCGGUGGCUGCUCCCGUCCGCGGUCCUCUGGCGCCGCUGCCUUCUAUCGGGGCUCCUCGCCCGCCGCCCGGGGGACUAGCGCCGCUGGCCCCGCUCAGGCCGGUCGGCAAAGGAGGCGCCACUGCGGGGGUAAAGCAGGGCACACCAGCGGCCAGUCAACCGGCUCCGGCCGCCGCGAAGAGGGCAGCUAAGCCCACACCCGCCGUCAAACAGCAAACACGGAAACCACCUCCAGCAGUGACUAGAGCAGCGGAGAAACCAACUCCGGUGGCUGCGACGCGAUCAGAAAAACCUGUACCAGCAACUGCCUCCGCUACACGAUCUUCCAACCAGACUGAGCGACCGAUGCCGGCGGCCCGUGCCUCUAGCCCCGCCCCGUCAGACCAAAAGUCUGCCUCAGGUCCCAUUCCCAGCUCUUCUGACUCUAAACCCGUCCGUGACCCCACUUCCGGCUCUGCUGCUAAUCCUAGUCCCGCCCCUGUCUCCGUCAGUGGUGCUAGCCCAGACCAGGGUCCGGGCGAGACUGGGACGCGUCCAGUCACAUAUCAGGGAGGUCGAGGUCGCCCAGCCACGUUUACGGAGAGACUGCUGGCCAGGAAGGUAGCAGCCCGACCAUCAGAGGCCGGUGAUUCUCCUGCGGCGAACACGAGAAGUGGAGCUAACGAAUCUCCGCGAACGACAAACGCUGGUGCCACAGCUACAGCUACAGCGAGCACCGCUUCUUCAGCUCAGACUGUGCCCACCAUAACCCAUACCACUACACCACCUGCCUCCGUCACCGCAACCGCUGUCACUUCCACCAAGCCUUCUACCACUACCCUGGGUGUGUCUUUGACGGCCGACUCGAUCCCGUUUAUCGACGAGGCAUCUGAGGGUUCUGUCGGGGAGUCGGGCCGGUCGGCGUCGGGCCGUGGUCCUCCCGGUCCGGCUGCUCGGGAGUCGGACGGUGUCGGUCGUCCUGGGGUCUCUCCUGGAAGACAGGAGGUCAGUGGAAGUGGUACUGAGGGCGGCAGUACGGCUGGUGAGGAGUCACCCAGGCCGGCGGAGACUGAGACAGAGAGACCGGAAGAGGCAAAGCAUGGCCGUUUGAAUAUGAAAGCCAGUCAGGAAUCCAGUAGGUCUCGUGAUGGAGAAGUGCAGGAUGAAGUGCAGGCAGGCGGGAAGGGUGCCUCAGUGAAAGAAAGCGUCGAUGAGGGUGUGGUGAACGUUGAUUCCUCAGUGAAGCUAUUGAGCGAAGCUGAACACCAUCCAGCAGACAAGCCGAACGAUGGCCGUUAUUCUGUUUCGGUGCCAUCUAAAGGCGAUGGCCUCUGUGGCGGGAAAGGCACUCCACCUCAAACACCAACCACCGUCAACGCCCAGCAGUCAAACGUCUCACCAGUCUCACUCCUGAACAGCGGCGGGUUGUCCCGUCAGCAGGCUACCACCACAGAGCCUUCUGUCGGCGGCAAUCCGGACCACCCGGCGCCCUCCGGCUCCGUUCUUUCUUUCUCUCUGUGCGCACAGAACACCCCUGAUGAGAAGGAUCGGGAGAGACGACUGCGCCUGGCCGCCGGUCACUCUAGUUCUGAGUCGGAACAGGAUGAGAACGAGCUGCGUGUCGCCGAGGGUGGAGCCCUAACGGUGGACCGACCGGGCCGUGUUCGCUCUCUGUACCCCGAGGAGUCUGACUCAGGUUCUGAGUCAGAGUCGGAGUCUGCUGACUCGGAGUCCACCCCGGCGGGUGACCGAGCCGGGGAGAGAGGGAACAUCAAGAAAACAGCGUCGUCUCCACGUGACCAACAGCCACAGCCGAGUAAGAAGGCAGAGCACGAUCCCGUGAUUGAUGCCGAUAGUCGUAAAAGUCCUACAUGCACUCCCCAGAUCCUAUCGUCUGAGGACACCAAGGUACGAGGGAGUCAAAUCUCGCGACAGCCAUCCGUGGGCGAAGAAUCUGCCGCGUCCAUUGAGAUACCAACGAGAGACCCAGUGCCGCGAGCGGUAGAUAAUGCCUGGGUGCGAAACACCUCAGAGGAAAAACAGACGCGAACUGGAUAUGAGGUGGCGAAAAGCGAGGGUGAGCCAUUCGGGUCUGGCCACGGGAUGAGAGCGACGCCCGAAUUCGCACAAAAUACUCAGCCAGAGGAGAUCGCUGCUUCCCGCUCUCAGUUGGCCUUCGCGGCUCCAGAAAGUGAUCAGUCUCAUUACACGGAUUCUCGUACUGGAGAGGAUAUUCAGCAGCCGGUCAGACGAGCAGCUAUGUCAGAAGAUCGACCUAGGGCAGUGCAGAACCAAACUGCCAUCAGUAGUCCUAAAACCCCAGCCGAGAGCUCAGGUCUUGAGGAGGCUGACCGGCCAGUCAAGUACGGUUGGAUAUCAGGCGGUGGUCACGCGCCACCCGUUGAACACAGUCAUGUCGAACAAAGGCUUGUGGCUGGUUCCGUCGCUGGUGAGGCCUCUUCGCUGGUGGCUGACCGUGCUGAAAGAAGCCAGCACCGCGGGCUGACUGAGACGGUUGCUGCCGAUCGGGAUAGCGCCCGACCGCCGGUUCACAGCAGAACGCGAUUCCCACCGGAGGUGUGUGAGCCUCGGGCGGACGCGUGCUCGCAGUGCGAUGAACCCGACAGGGAGAGUUCCGGAUUCGCCGGGCGCUAUCAGAGGAGCGGCGCCGAGCGACCGGCGGCGGGUAGAAUUGAUCGCUCAGUCGGGCCCUGUGAGGGACUCUGCCGGCGUUUGUCCGAGUCAGCGGGACUAGAACCGACCACAGAGGACGCGGCUGUGCAGACUCCUUUAUCCGCCCGGCGUGACCCGCCCAGUCGCACUGGUCGCCACUCCUGCCACCGCGAUACUCACGGCCGGCGGCGUCACUCUGCGCUGUGCAACACCUCUGACGCGGAGAGUUCCGAUACGAGCCACCAAUGGUCUCCGCCGCUGCCUCACCGGCCCCGACCAUCGACCGCUGAGGGUCUCAGACGUCCCCGAGCAGCACAAUCCACCGCCAGACCUCGUCCACCUGUGGCAGCCACUCGCUCCUGUCCUCAGUGUGGUCUGGGCGGUGGGGGUUCGGGCGUCCGGCCGACGGUCACCGUGUCUGCCCCGGUCCUGGGUGGAGACGGUCAGCAGCCUACCAGCCCGGCGCGGCUGGCUGUGCGACAGAUGCGACAUCGUAUCAGGGCGCUGGGCAUGUGGAGCGAUGGAGACGGAGCCUCCUCAGACGGGGACCGGGCGCCGCCGGAGUCGGGAGGACCGGCCGACGUGCGCCGGAUACUGGACCGUGCCAAACACUUCCUUCACGGCCAGACGGCGGCCGCCUCACGCUACCGGCGAGCCUCGGAGCUGCAGUCUGACUCUGAAGACGUCUCCACGGACGACGAGGAGCGAUCGGCCACGGAAAGAGACGUGCAGCUACGGGCCGUUACGCGGCACUAUGGCAGGCUCAAACAGGAGCGAAGUCACGCGUCCGACUCCCAGCUGAACGUGCGCCCCUCGUCGGCGUACCAGCCGAGCCGGGGUGAGCAGCUGCACUCCUCUCUGGCCGCCAUCCACACGUACCGUCCCCCGCCGCCGGUUCGUCGCCGGCCGCCGCCCCAGUCUCCCCCCGCCCCUCCGCCGCGGCAGCGGUCACCGCCGGCCCCGCCGCCGCGUCCCAAACCGCGCCCGGAGCGCAGCGUUCUGGAGCGAACGCAGGAGCUCAAGGCCUGGCUGCGUAAGGCUACAGUUGCGUGGAAGCUGGGCUCACUGGACGUGUAAGGUAGGACUGGGAGCCGCAGUGCUCGGCAAAUGUUGGUCUAGCCUUGCCGCCGCCUGCAAGCUGUGGUAUCCGAGGCAUCAGUGGUACGAGCGGCUCGUGUGUCGCGGCUUGUAGCUCUGACGUUCGCUCGGCGGUGUAACUUGCUGUUUGAAACCGAGGCCUGUUCUGUCGGCCUUUGGUGGGCUCUCCAAAUCAGUACGUAGCUCUGCGUAGCGCUCGAGGGUAUUCUCCCAGAAAUGGGAACUCGCAUGCUUAUUGAAUGAGACUCGCAUGCUUUCAGGCUUUCACCAUAGCAUUCCAUCAACAUAUCGUUCACGGCAGUGGGCACAUGUGCACUUUGUCGUGUUUGCGGGUCUGGUAGCCUAGUUAGUUCGCUGUGUGUGAGCCUGGUAGGUAGGUAGGCACUGCGUAAUCAACGAUUCUAGUCAUCGCUGAUCGUUUACCGGUCUCAGAAAAGAUAAGCCUUAGUGAAAUAGUGGUAUAUCUAUUUUAGGAACUAAUCUAGUCAUGAAAUAGGACUCCACCUGUUGAAACUAUUCUAGUCGUAUUGGAUCAAUUGACAGGUUCAUUUAGAACACAGUGGGUGAUAGAUAUUGGCUUGCCUUGCGGAAUCAUGGGCUGUAAAUACAGACGACGCGCGCGUGUCGCUGCUCAGAUUUAAGAAACUGAACCGCAUCGCGGCUUAGUUUCAUGCCAUUCUUCGCCAGCAUUGCGUCUGUCAUAUCUCCUACAUUUCUCGAGCUUUCUCUGCUCAUUCGAACUAUACAAAUCGCUCACACCUUAUUGACCCACGAUGUGGUUUAGAUCACAAGAAAGCAUGUUUUCGGCGUACUUGUGCGCAGGUCGGAUAGUGUGUGCGGACCCGAGAGCUGCCCUAUUCUCACGUUGACUAGCCGCACACGGUGUAAUUUGAACGCUCCGGCAUAUUGGGUGUGUCAAUGUGAUGUGGAUAUGCUGAUCUGUCCAGGCGAAACUAUUUAUUGAUGGAGCGUGGCUUGAUGUCGCCGUUUGUCGAGUGUCAUGAACGCCGUUAUGUCGCAUUGAACCGCGACGGAUCUCUGUCGCUGGUCUCUGUCAAAGUGCGAGUGGUGUCCGAGGAUCGAUUAUCUCAGAUUAGGGACUGAUGAUCAAAGUUCUGGGGUUAAUGAUCUCAGUCCAGUUGCUGGUCUCAGUCAGGGUGCCGCUGCUUACAGUCCAGGUGCCGCUGGUCGCAGUCCAUGGAUCGCUGUUCGCUUUUCAAGGGUCAUUGGACUCAGUUGAAGGCCGAGAUCCUCCGAUCUCCAUGAGUAUUUGAAGGGGGCAGCUGGUGUUCUCUGUCCAAGAUGGUAAACGUGAGCCGAAUAUCAUGCGCCGAGCCAUUUGAUGUGUGUGCCUCCUCGAUCCAUGUGUGAUUUGAUGUGAUCACGUGACAUGACCUGUGACGUCAUCUGGUGUGACUCGAGUGUAUUGCCAUUGAGGUAAAAACUGCUGUUCGGUGUCAGCGAAAAUGGGAGGAACAGGAUUAUUACAUUCCUGUCGUAAUAUGAUUUCAACAUCAGAGAUGUGAUGUUCCUGGCAUGAUAGUCGAAAUAUUGACGUGGCAUGAUUGUGACAUCAUGUAUCGAUGAUUCUGACCUGAUUAUGACAUCGCUGCCGUGAUGUGAUUGUGGCGUUACUGACGUGACAGGACUGAGCCGUGUCCUGUAUGGCCGGCGGUGCCGAGGGUGGACCUCCGCCGCUGUCUCGCUGUGCGCGGCGCGUCUGUGUCCGGCGGACCGCCCGCUCAGCGCCGGCCGGCAGCUCAGGUGCCUUGGUGUGCUGUGUGUGCGACUGUGACGGCGCCCUCCGUGCUCUGUCUCGAUCUCCGCUCUCCCCGGACCGGGCCAGCCCGGUGGCCGGUGGAACCCUCCAGUGCUCAAUACAGGUCCUCCCGUCCUUCA